UAUAACAAAAGAGGAAAAUUUUACUACUGAAAAUAUAAUUUACAAAAGAAGACAAUAAACAAUCUGAGUAUUCAACUCAACAAAUUAAGAAAAUGAAGUAUUAAGCACAGUGCUGAGAGCUGCCCAGCUGGGUAGGCCGUCCUGGUUUAGGAUUUCUACUGGCUGCAGGCUGCAGGAAGCACCCGGGGAGACCCUCCAGCAGCCAUGAAGGCAGUGACCUUUGAGGAUGUGGCUGUGGACUUCACCAUGGAGGAGUGGGCUUUGUUGAAUCCAUCCCAGAAGAAGCUCCACAGGGAUGUGAUGUGGGAGAACUUUAGGAAUGUGGCCUCUAUAGGAAGAAAGUGUGAUGAUCAGCAAAUUGAAGAUGAGUACAGAAAUUACUGGACAAAUCUAAGAAGUGCAGAUGCAGAUAAAUGCUGUCAAGAUAAAUUACGGUGUCAACAUGGAGAAAUGGUUUGUGUGAUUUCUGGUCCAAAUGUGCCCAUGAAAUUGCUUGGUGUAAAACCAGGUGAAAGCCUUGAAUGUGGAAAGCCUCUGAUUGGUCAUUCAUCACCAAUUGUGCCCAUCAUAAAUAACACUGGACUUAAAUCAUAUGAGCUCUGUGGAUUUAAACAGAAGCUGUCUAAAUAUUAUAGACAUGGGAAAGCUUCCACUGACUUUCAGUCCUUUCGAAACAUGAAAAGACAAAUCCUGAAGAAAACCCUUAUAGAUAUAAGCAAUGUGAAAAGUCCUACUCUGAUGGCACUGAAGGAAAUAAUGCUAAAGAGAAAUCCUUUGUAUACAAGCAAGAUAUUAGAGCCUUCAGUACAGCCAACCAUGUUCAAAUCCAGGAAAGAAAUCACAGUAACAUGAAUACCUACAUAUGUAUACAAUGUGGAAAAGCAUUGAAUUCUCACCAUGAUAUCCAGAAACAUGAAAGAGCUCACACUAGAACAAAAUCAUAUGUAAAUAAAAACAGUUGGAAAUUAUUAAAAAAAGAAAAAAAUAAAAUGAAGUAUGCCAGAACUGGGGCUGUAGCUCAGUGGUAGAGUGCAUGCCUUGCAGGGCAGGAACCUGGGUUCCAUCACCAGCACCACACACACAUACACACACACACAUACACACACACACGCAUGCACACACUCAAGGAAGAGGGAGAAGGAGGAGAAGGAGAAAAGGGAGCAGAAGAAGAGGAAAAAAAGGUAAACUAAUAAAGUAGAGAAAUGAAGAAAUAAGACCAGAAAUCAGUAAAAUAUAAAUUCAAUAGAUGAAAUCCAAAAGCUCAUUCUUUAGACCAACAGAACAAAGAAAUAUCUGCUGGACCAAUGGCACAGGAUGGAGUGGAAGUGAAAGAAGCAUAGACAUCAUCAGGAAAAAUUUUAAAAUAAAAAUAUAGAAUUGAGAUAGAAAGAUACAAAAUACUGUGAACAACUUAACCCAAAUACAUUUGAAAACAAAUUUAUCAGAACUGAUAUAAGUGAAAAGUCUGAAUAAUUCUGUGGCUAAUAUCGCAGCCAGAAAGUAGUUACAAAAUAUUACCUCCCCUUAAAAACACAAGAUCUAAAUUUACAAGUUAAUUGUAUCAAACUGACAACAGAUAAUUUUAUAGUCUUUCUUAGAGAACUGAGAGACAAUGAUUCACAACUCAUUUUUAUUAAACUAGUGCAAUCUUGAUGAUGACAAUAAGAGAAAGGAAAACUUCACAUUAAUGCUUCUUAUUAGUAUGGAUGUAAAACUACACCCAAAAGUGUAUGAGGAAGAUAAAAGGUCACCAAAUUGGAUUUAUCUCAGGAUGUACGGCUAGAUACAUGAAAAACAAAGCUAUAGGUUAUGAAACUCUAGUCUUAAUGUUUUUAUUUGUCACCAUUACCCAGGCUCCUUCUCAUCUCCAAAUGAUAUAGUGCAGCUCCCAAAACCUGUUACAACUGCAACUCACUCAGGCUGAGUGAGUGAAGUACCUCUGACCAUUAGGCCUCAAAUCCAACCUCCUCCAAAUACCCUGAAGCUCAGGCUGUCAUAAUUCUUAACCUUGCAUUCAUCAUAGUCAGUAUCUAAAAUGUAAGCUUUCCUUGCCACCUGUUCUCUUUCCCUACUUUCUGCCCACUCCUAACCUGUCCUUGACUGGAAUACUCUAUGGUACCAUCCUUCAUCUCUACAACAGGCUGUCCAUUUUGCACUGUAAAUUCAGCAUACUUUCCUUUAUGUUCAACCUCUCUCCAAGCAUUCCUUUCAUGUUUGGCCAUAAUUGAAACCUGGCUCUUCAAAGCAUAUACACUUUCCCUUUAUAGCUUUUAAGUGUUGAUUGCAUAUUAUUUCAUAAUAUAAAUAUCCUUCUUGGCACUCCACUCUGUCUCACCACAGGUCAUUGUUCUCAUUCACUUCUGUAAAAUUUCUAUUUAUCUUUUAGGCUUAUAUUAUUUGUAUGCGGUAAUUUUUUACUAUGUUUGUAACUAUCAACUAUUGACUUACUAAAUUCUCUCAGUUAUCAAAAGCUUGACUCACAUCUAUCUUUAUGCAUCAAGUCCUAUCAUCAGGCACCUACCCAUAAUCUUUAUUAAUAAGAAUCUAAUCUCCACUUCAUUUAUCCCUGGCAGUGCAUUUAAAAUUAGAUAAAGUGUGCUUCCUGCUCCUGUGCCUUCUCUCUUCCUUUCUCAUUCAGCUUAGAUUUCAUGGUCCAUCAUUAUCUUAAAUUUCCAGGCCCUUCUUUGUGUUCUACU